UGCGUCAGCAAUACAUUCACGUUCUGAGUGAAGGACAAAGAGAUGAGAGCGCAGUCUGUGUGGCUGGCUGCAAAGGGAGACGCGAGAAAAAGAAAUAAAUUGUUCCAGAAGACAGAGGUUUCUGCUGCAGCUGUUAAGUCACUGGCCAACAAAGACGUUAUUAACAGGACAAAAGACUAAAAGGAAACUACCACAACUGACUACCUGAAAACAAAAAAAGGGUAUCACACGAAAUACAGUGAGAAGAGAACAGGACCUUUCUUUCCUUUUGUUAGGAUGCUAAUUUUGCCAACAUUUAAAAAAAAGGCUCAUUGCUGAAGAUUUUCAUUUCAUCAGUGAGAGAAAGGGAGCGCUCUCCGGCAAUCUUUUCUUCCUCCAAUCGCCUCCCCCCUCCCCUUGGAGCAAUCAACGGAUUAUUGCUAACUGUGCGGGAGGCAGCCUGCAGCUGCUGCGUCUACUGGUGGAGAACUGGCAAGUUAAGCUGCUGACUGCAAUAUGCUGCUCGUAGCUGUUUUUAAAAUCAGCCGAUGCUGGCAGAGAGGAGAGUGAAAUAGAUUAGCGAGCAAAGCUACACCAAGAAAGAGACUGGUAACGGCGGCGGAGAGAAGUGGGAGAAAAAGAUACAGAGGAAGCGCUCCACACAAAGCAGAGCGCCUGGAUGCUUUAUCAGCGAUGGAGCGCACUCGACAGCAUUCUCAACUCAGAGGACAAAAACCGCGACUGUUGAUGGCGCUGCUCUCUGGGGCAGAGAGGAUGCAUGCACCUGCGUAGCCAAUUGGGCCUCACCUCUGUUGGUCCUUUCUACUGGUUUGGAUUUAUUAGGAGCCAUUUUGCGAACCCUUUAUUUUUUUAAAGGAAGAGGAGAAAAUAGCACUAGUAUCUAGUGCAUGAAAACCAGGGACUGCACUUUUGUCGAGGUAGGUGUGACAGGCCGUCCUCAUUGCAUCGCUCUCCUCUCUUUCCCCAACCCCACCCCCUCCCCUUUUCAGUGUCGAUCGCUACAGGCACUGGUAGCCUGCUGUGCCGGGGUAGAGCCGAUUUUCAAAUCAGUGCCGUUCCCAGACUAUGGUGAAUUAUGAAUGUGCCACAUCAUGAAUCUCUUGUGGCAGGUAACUGUGCAUCACACCUGGAAUGCUGCCCUGGUUCUUCUUGUCUACCUCACGGUACGGAUGUGGAGUAUGUGCGAAGCAUCAAACAGAGAACAGAGUUGUCCAGAAAUCUGCUCCUGCAGUAAUCACUUCAGCAAAGUCGUCUGCACUCGCCGUGGACUCAAAGAGGUCCCUCAAGGGAUCCCUUCUAAUACCCGGUACCUCAACCUCAUGGAAAACAACAUCCAGCUUAUAAAGGCAGACACCUUUCGACAUCUGUACCACAUGGAGGUCUUACAGCUCGGCCGGAAUUCCAUCCGGCAAAUAGAGGUUGGUGCAUUUAAUGGACUGACUAGCCUUAACACACUGGAGUUGUUUGAGAAUAGACUGACUGUGAUACCAAGUGGCGCAUUCGAGUCCUUUUCAAAACUGCGUGAAUUGUGGCUCAGGAACAAUCCCAUCGAAAGCAUUCCAUCAUAUGCUUUUAACAGGGUGCCAUCCCUGCUGCGCCUGGAUCUGGGGGAGCUUAGAAAACUAGAAUACAUUUUGGAUGGUGCUUUCGAGGGCUUAAUUAACUUAAAAUACCUUAACCUGGGGAUGUGCAACCUGAAGGACAUGCCAAAUCUCACACCACUGGUGAGGUUAGAAGAGCUGGAAAUGUCCAGUAACCAUUUCCCUGCAAUUAAACCAGGAUCAUUUCAGGGGCUUAAAUCAUUAAAAAAGCUCUGGCUGAUGAAUUCGCAAGUCAAUCUGAUUGAGCGGAAUGCCUUUGAUGACCUCACUGCACUAGUGGAACUAAAUCUGGCCCACAAUAACCUUACUUCACUGCCACAUGAUCUGUUUGCACCACUGAGAUACCUGGUGGAGUUGCACUUACACCACAACCCAUGGAGUUGCGAUUGCGAUAUCCUCUGGCUCACCUGGUGGCUGCGAGAGUACAUCCCCACAAACUCUACCUGCUGUGGCCGCUGCCACGCCCCACUUCACAUGAGGGGCAGAUACUUGACAGAAGUGGAGCAAGGCACUUUCCAAUGCUCUCGUCCAGUGAUCCUGGAGCCACCACAGAACCUAAACAUCUCUGAAGGGAGAACGGCCAAACUGAAAUGUCGAACGUCCUCCAUGUCAUCUGUUCGGUGGUUGUUGCCAAAUAACACGAUAUUGAGUCAUGGCUCAACACAUCCCCGUAUGUCUGUAUUUAACAAUGGAACCCUAUACUUCUUGCACGUUUUAAUAACAGAUGCUGGUAACUACAAAUGUAUGGUCACCAAUGUGGCAGGGAAUGCCGAUGCAUCUGCCUUCCUCAGAGUUAGCAUGGCAGAGAUCAACACGUCAAAUUACACCUACUUUUCCACAGUUACCGUGGAAACAACACCUGAGACCGUCAGGACUAAAGUUCCGCCAUUUCUGUCGAC